GCGAGCGGCGGCGGAGGGCGGGGCGUGCCGCGGCGGAGGGCGGAGCGUGCCGCGGGGACUUCCCCUGGGUUGAGCUGCGCAGCGGGAUUUUGGCCAAAUUGGGCGAGGGUACAAUAUUACCACUUACCCCUUCUCACCGAGGAAGAGCGGGAGAAAGGGUAUGGCACAGUCACAAAGCUGGGCGAGAAGAUGCUUCAAGGCCUUUUGCAAAGGCUUCUUCGUGGCGGUGCCCGUGGCAGUCACUUUCUUGGAUCGCGUGGCCUGCGUGGCUCGGGUGGAAGGCUCGUCAAUGCAGCCUUCUUUGAAUCCUGGAGGAAGCCAGUCCUCAGAUGUGGUACUUUUGAACCACUGGAAAGUGAGAAAUUUUGAAGUACAGCGUGGUGACAUUGUGUCAUUGGUGAAGAAAGCCACUGACUCAAAACAGAACGGAGACAUCUCUGCUAUACUGAUUCCAUUGAUGAACUUAGCCUUGAUUCAUCAAAUCAUCUCCAUCUUAAAACCAUAAUAUAUUCUCCUAGAACUGCAGGUAGGCGCCCAAUUAUUUUCCUAUCUACCAUUACUCAGGUACAAGUUUCACCAUUCUUUCACCCAUUUUCCACAUAUUCUUGUAUUUAUGCCUUCACUCAACUGUAAUCUCUAGGAGUUGUUGGUCUUGAAGUCCCUUCAUUCUGUCAUCUCUUAAGACUGGUGUUUCUUAUACUUGCAAGUACGCAUGUGUGGGAAUGACUACUAUGUCCUGGCAUUUCUUCUGGCUUUCCUGUUCCAGUAGCAUUCCACUGAAUCGUUCACUCUACUCCUUACCUUUCUUCUUUGCCAUUGCUUGCCUGGUUCCCAGUGAACUCAGACUUGAGCGCUGGCAAACAGGAAUUCUUUGCAUGUAAGUGAUUGCUAUUAAACUUUAGAGACUGCAGUUUUUACGUUUGAAUCAGAGCAAUUAGUAAUCCCCUUAAAUGAAAGGAAGCCUCCUUUAUUUUUCCUCUCUCCCCUUCUUUCCUUUGGACACCCAACUUCUCACACAUCAGUUUUGUCUUACAGUAACUGGGACUAAUUGACCUCAGGUGACAAGCCUCUGUAUUGUGCUUCUCACCAUAACUUCCAUCCAUCUGGGUAACUUAGAGCUCUUCCUCUAUGCCUACUGUUUUGACAGGAAAAAUGCUCACAUCUUCUCAAGCCAGUUCUCCGUCUGCACUGGAUGCCCUCUGCUCUGUCUUUCCUAUGCCCCAAAGUCAAGCUUCUAAGCCGACUUAGAUUCUCCUGGCCUAGUCGGCUGCUGUGCUUGUCCACAGAGAACCACUGAGUAGCGCUGUGAUCUUUGUUCUGUUCCUGGGGAUGGGGUGGGGUGCUGCGCGUUGAGGAAGUCACAUGGUGACGCCUGUUCUGCCUGCCACAGAGCAUGCCUCAAUCAGUGCUGCUGGACUCCGGGGUUUCCUUCAGUCAGCUUUCGUCCUCUUUUCUUUGAUGAUUCCCAACUCUUUAGCUCCCUUCUCAGUCAUUGACCGGCAGGGCUUACAUUAUUAGAAUCAGACCACUCUAAAUGAAUCUCCUAAAUUUGACCACCCUGACUCACUAACACACACUCAUUCAGGCUAGCCACUAAAUCCUCUUUUUAGUAUCAGAGCAUGAGUUUCUCAUUGUCAGUGUCUGGAUCCUUCUACUUUUGUAUUGUGAAGAGUUUGGAUCUAUCAAGUUUGUUGACCACACCACUCUGCAAUUUGCAUUCUUCUAUAGAAUCCACACAGAGGCUUAUUUUUCACUCACAGUUAAAUGAUAACAGUUAAGUCCCCACUUAAGUCCUUAAUCCUGCCCUGUCUUUCCAUCUCAACCUGCCUUUAGUAAGUUUCUCACAAGAGCUGUCAUUUGCUACAGUGACACCAUUAUUGUUAGGAACUUUUAAAGGUUUCUGUUUGCUUGUAUAAAAUCCAGUUUCUGCAAUAAUGAGUGAUUCUGAGAUUCCUCUCUGAACUUGGUUCUUAUACCCAUUCUACUCUCACCUACAUAGUCUUCCCCAAUCAUUUGGCUCUUACCUACAGUUCCUACUUUUUUUUCCUUAGCUGCUAUCAUAUUGCAUGUUGUCUUAGACACUGUGACCCUUUAUCUGUGUGCCCUACUCUCACAUCACUGACACUGCAAAUGGUUUCUGUCUGUCCACCUACAUAUACCUGUAUCCAACUCUCUGACAAAUAUCUCUGGUUAUAUUACCUCCAUGAACCUCAUAUUUAUUGUGUGCAAAACUGACCUUUUAACUUUCCUUUGAAUUGGAUUUCCCUCCUUUGUUUAGCAGUUCUCUUGUAAUAUCUCUGCCAAGUUACAUAAAGAAGUCCUUGGCCCUCUUCUCAAAUCCUGAUUUAUUCUGUUAGUGAAUUUUGCUCCCAGCUGUUUCUGAAUCUUGCACUUCCCCUGCUGGACCGUUAUCAUCCCUUACUCAGGGGCUAUGGUUGCCCCAGACUUCCCUUCUGCCAUCUCAUCCACUCUCGUCUGUCUUCUUGUAGAACACUCAGGCAUGCACAUUAUGUUAGCAUGACUGUCUCUCACUGUUUUCUCUUUAAUCUUCAGUUGAUUUCUUCUUCUGGGAAAUUUGUUCUCAAUUGUAGGAAACUGAGUUUGCUGUGCUUUGCCUCUGGUCCUGUAUCACAGAGUAAUUAUCUCAACGUACUUCUCAAUAAACACUCAAUAAACAGGUGCAAAAAUUUGAAGUAGAAGUUUGAUGGAGAGAAAGGAAUUAUUCCUAAGCAUAGCAGAAUUAGUCUUUAAACCCUUAAUUGUAAAGUGUUGAUGAACAUACACAUGAGCACAGAUAGGCUUUGAUACUUGUGCGAGCCAGCUAUAAUCCGUGGGCUGCUGGGCUGAAGAUUAGUUCUGUAAACAGCUGAAGAGGUGAAAAAGAGCCAUGAGGGGGGGAAAAAAACCAUUAUAGUGUUUUGGUGUUUUGUUUUGUUUGUUUUUGUUUGUUGUUGUUUUUAGAAAAUGAGAAAAAAAACUUACAGCUUCAAGAAUGCUGAUGUAUAAUUGUGUGUGAUAGCAAGCAUACUUUUGUUAUUCUUUUAUUAUAUUUAUUGUUCCUGUUGUUCAGGGAAGUAUACAUGAUUUUUCUUCAGCUACCCACACAACACAAUAGAAGGGAUCAUAAUUUUAAACAUGUAUAGGUA